AUGAAGUGUAAAGCAUUAAGAAGUUGUUUAAAGAAAUCGCCAGUCGCUUUCGAAAUCAACGUUUGUGAAGAGCCAACAAAAUGCCACGAACAACUAAAAUGUUGUGAACCAAUGAAAUGUUAUGAAUCGAGAUGCUGUGAACCUGCUAUUUGCUGUGAACAAAAAAGCUCUUGUGAUCCUUGCAGUUGUAAAAGAACUCCCUGUAUUUGUCCAUGUGAGUCAGCAUGCUGCAAGCCUGGAUGUUCAUUAAGAAAGCCAUGCGUUUGUUGCAUAAAGAAAGGAGUGAAAGUUCAAUUCCCAUGCCCAAAAAUCUGUAGAAAACAAUGUGUAAGCUUCAAUGAAUGUCCAAAGCCAACAAUUGAUUGUCCAAAAAAAGUAAUUAUCAAGUCACGUUGCGAGAUAAAGAGAGAUGAAUGUCAAGAGGAUAUCGAGACAGAAUGUUGCUGCAAAAAGUGUCCAAAAUGCAUACAAAAAAGCUGCAAGGAGGAAGAAGUGGAUCCUUGUGAUAUAAUUGAUUACUGCAAAGUGGCAAAAGAUGAAGGAAGUGACUGUAAAACUUCGUGUACGAAAAAGUCCAACUCAUGCAAAAAUUUCAAGCAAUGUCCAUGCACGUCUUGUAAAAGUAUUAGAUGUAAUGAUAACAAAUGUGAGAAAAGUUGUAAUGACGAUGAAAAAUGUUGUGAAAGUUCCUGUAAAACGAGAAACAGCUGCAAGACCUCAAAACAAGAACAAGAAUGUAUAUCGAAAAAUUCAUCUUGUAUGUCAUCCGAGUGCCCCAAGCUCUGUGACAACUUUGUGGGAAAUUAUUGCAAUGAAGAUGUCGAUGAAAAAUGUACAAUGUACGAACAAGGUGACUGUAUGUCAUAUCUUCCCAUGCCGGAUGCUAAUUACUGCGGUACACAAAAAAUGUCCCACAUACCAUCAACAUGUUUACAAUCUGUCGGAUCAUUUUGUGUUCCGACCAUAUCAAAACGAACGCCUAUGCCAUGCCCCUGCGGAUCCCGUAGUUGUGGUAAUUCCAUUCUGAUAUUUCAACAGGCUAUUCAAUCUCCGCCAUGCAUAACAGCCAAACGCUUUUUCGAUAAGAGUUUGCUUUUAUUACGGCAGGAAAAUUGCGAGACUGAAAAGCCACUGCAAACAGGUGCUAUUGGUGCAAAUAAUACUGUUCGUGCGGCACAGUGUAUAAAAAAUAAAGGCGAAUGUCAGGUGCUUACACCUGAAGACAUAUCUGAUGGUGACAUUGCUCUUCUGACACUUGAUGUAGACAUUCCGUUAAGUGCUACAAUUAAACCGAUUUACUUAUCUAAACCACAAUCGCAAGCAGUUCAGGUAGCUGAAGGAGUUGUGGUUGGUUAUCAAAAAGUUGGGGGUCCAAAUAAUGCCAAAAAGCUCAAAGUUCAAAUUAAAGAUUAUCACAAUUGUGUAAAAGACAAUGACCAUCUUAAAUCAUACCUAAGCGCAAGAACUAUUUGUGGAGGUUCCAAAAAUGCAAAUGAUGAUUUUGAAGUAAGCAGUGGAAGUGGACUUUAUGUUUUUUAUGAUAAUCGUUUCUAUUUAAGAGGAAUAACUUCAGCGUCAUCUCUGAAUAAAAAAUUAUAUUCUGUAGAAAUGUACGGAAUUUUCGCUGAAACUGCAGAAUUCUGUGGCUGGAUACAAAGCGGAGGGAUAAAUAAAUAUGCUGAAUGUAUAGACAAUAGUGAUUUAUUAAACAAUUUUAAGGGUCUUCGAUUUGGACCACAUUAUCGGUCCUUAAAAAAAGACAAAUCGAGAACUCCUAAAACUACUACUUUGAAAAUCACUACUCAACCUACUACAACUUCAAGAACUACAACUCAGCGAUCUCCUCCUAUUAGAACAACAACAAAGAAGCCGAUCAGGAGUGUUCUUCAUGCCAAUGAAUACUUAAAUCCUGGAGCUAGAAUUGUCAUUCAAGAUGAUGGAAAUUUGGUUGUUUAUGGUCCAGCUAAUGUUGCUUUGUGGAAUAGCAGAACUACCGAAUGUGGCACAAAUAAAAUUCUUCGACGAAUUACUAUUGGUGGAAAUUCUACAAUUCGUGGUGAACAUCCUUGGAAAGUUGCUCUAAUUGAUGAUAAUGGACAAUAUUUUUGUGGUGGAAGUCUUAUAUCAAUUAAAGCUGUUGUCAUAGCGGCACAGUGUAUAAAAAAUAAAGGCGAAUCUCAGGUGCUUAAACCUGAAGACAUAUCAGUAGUGCUUGGUGCACAGGAUCUAUCAAAAGCAUUUGAAAAAGGAAGAAUCACUGUUGGAGUCAAAUCUAUUCAAGUCCAUCCAGAUUGGAAUAUCGACAGUGAUUCAUAUGAUGGUGACAUUGCUCUUCUGACACUUGAUGUAGACAUUCAGUUAAGUGCUACAAUUCAACCGAUUUGCUUAUCUAAACCUCAGCCACUAGUGACUCAAGAAAUUGAAGGUUUCGUAGUUGGCUUUCAAAAGGUUGAAGGACCAAAUAAUGCCAAAAAGCUCAAAGUCCAAAUUAAAGAUUAUCACAAUUGUGUAAAAGACAAUGACAAUCUUAAAUCAUACCUAAGCGCAAGAACUAUAUGUGGAGGUUCUGAUAAUGCAAAUGAUGAUUUUGAAGCAAGCAGUGGAAGUGGACUUUAUGUUUUUCAUGAUAAUCGGGCUUAUUUGAGAGGAAUAACAUCAGCAUCGUCUCUGAAUAAAAAAUUAUAUUCUGUUGAAACGUACGGAAUUUUCGCUGAUACUGCAGAAUACUGUGGCUGGAUACAAAGUGGUGGAAUUAACAAAUAUGCUCAAUGCAAAGAAAAUGAUUUUACUGCAACUCCUCAACCACCUGUUACAUUAAGUCAAUUGGAUACAUCUAGUGCUAUAACAACAACAACAGAAAAACCUAUAAAGCAUACCUUGAAUGGCGGUGAAUGCUUGUACGCGAAUGAAUUUAUUCAGUCUCCAAACAAAUGUUUCAAAGUAUUUUAUCAAGGAGAUGGAAACUUUGUUAAUUAUCGAGCAUCUUCAAUGCAACACACGUGGCACUCCAAACUCAUGGAACCUGCACAAACUAAAUGGCAUACACAUACACAUGGUCAUCCAGGAGCUAGAAUUGUUAUACAGGAUGAUGGAAAUUUGGUUGUUUAUAAUCCAGCAAAUGCUGCCGUAUGGAAUAGUGGAACUGUAACGCAUUGCUAG